AUGAAUAAUCUUAGAAGUUCUACAAGCUCAAUAGAUGAGACGUUUCAUUUGUCAUCAUCGUCGACAUCGACAUCGACAUUGUCACUGUCGUCUUCGUCCACCUCGCUGCCCAACUCUCCAAAGCUCAAUCAUUCAGUGGGCGGCACUUCAGCAUCAUAUCUCAACAGUUCAAACAGCAGCACUAGCUCCAUCUCCAACAACAGCACCAGUAUGCAACAACAACUUCUAAUGAACAAUAGUGCAAAAUCGACAUCGCGCUCCAACUCUAGUCUGAGUCUGUCGUCGUCACAGCCAGUGUUUACGCGCAUGGCGUCACUGAGUGCGCUGCCCUCGGUCAAGUCAUCGACGAGCGAGACGCUCACGGCCUACCACGAAGAGUUCUCCAAGCCAGUCUACGAUCUCUUCCAGCACAUCAAGUCGGAAAACAGACUCAAGGAGGAGUUCCUGGCACUCGAGUAUGCCUACCAACAGUCAAGUCACUCAACAGUCGAAGGCAAUCUGAAAUACAAUACAUCAAAGAAUCGCUACACCAACAUUGUACCCUGGGACACGACACGAGUCAAGCUUGAGAAGAUCGAUGGCUUGGAGGGAUCAGACUAUAUAAACGCUAACUUUAUCGCUGGAGGAGAACAUUAUAAGCAAUACAUAUGCACUCAAGGACCAUUGCAGAACACUUUUGUUGACUUUUGGAGAAUGGUCUGGGAGAAUGGAUCAACAAUCGUUGUUAUGUUGUCAAAGGAGUUGGAGAAUAGCCGACCAAAGUGUGAUCGGUAUUGGUCAGAGAGCGACCGCAUCGAGUACGACCAGUUCGCCGUCAAGAUGACCAGCAUUGUGCGCGACCUGCCCCGCGAGAUCAUUAUCCGCACCUUUACACUCACCAACUCGCAGCUCAACCAAUCGAGGAUCAUUACACACUACCAAUACGAGGGGUGGCCCGAUCACAACGCGCCCAACGACACAGAGCCGCUGCGAUAUCUGAUGCACCAGAUCAACACGAAACAGAAGCAAUCGAUUGAGCGCGAUGGCCAGCGGGCGCCUAUCGUCGUCCACUGCAGCGCGGGCGUUGGUCGCACCGGCACCUUCUGCACCGUGCACAUCGUCAUGAGCAGGAUAGACAAUGCCGCAGAGAAUGAUCGCAUCAACUUUAACAUUUACUCCAUCGUCGACAACCUUAGAAAGCAAAGACCUGGCAUGGUACAACAAUUGGAACAAUAUCUGUUUUGUUACGCUACGAUUGCCGACGAACUUAAGCAGCGCGAAAAGGCGCAAAGUCGAUGA